AUGCAGCCAUCUCUGUCCUUUUCCUCUCGGAGCCCCAGCACCGCUUCUGGUGGUUCGGAUUGCUCAGUGGUUCGACAGCCAAAAGUGGAGUUAUGCUGCGAAAUUUGCGUGAAAUUGGAAGCAAAAGUUCCAUUUCAGGCAAUAAUUGAUGCAGCAAACUGCUGGCUUGCAUCUUCCGGACUGACAGUGGCGCUCGGUUUCCACUGCCCCUCUCGAGUUGGAGUACCUUUGCUAGCUCGUGCAUGUUCAUCUAUAUGCAUUGAACCUGCAAAUCUCAGAACUUUCUCAGUAAGCAGUCAACUUAGCAGCAGCAGCAGCAGCAACGGAGGCGGCGGCGGCUGCAACAGCAACAACAGCAGCAAAGAUAUGAAUUGUCUUUCAGCUGCAUUUCUAGGGAGCUGCCGCAGCUCUAUAGAAAGCCAUCCAGUGAUCUUUCCCUAUUGCCAGGCGCACAUCACCGUAUUUCCUUACAAAUUGCACGAAGGCACUAAAGAAUGCGGAGUAGUGGGUUCAGAUGAGGAAGAAGACUUUGAAAACACUACAGCAAAUGCAGCAGCAACAAACCCACUAACAACAACACCAACAGCAACAGAAGAAACAACAACAGCAGCAACAAGUUUAUUCAAACAAUGGAAGCUUCCGAACAAAGAAUUUGAAAACAUCUGGGAAAAUCUUCACUUUGAAAAGGGAGAAAAAGAAAUUCUUCUCGAGUACACGGCGACUGCUCUGCUGUUUUCAGCUAGAAACGUCAAUACCAAGCUUAUUGCCUGGAAUCGAAUGGUGCUUCUGCACGGCCCUCCUGGCAGCGGUAAGCAGAAGAAUAUCUUUUCUAGUUUUCUUCUCUGUGAAUAA